AUGAAAGAAACAUAAAUACAAUGUUAAUAAAAUGAAAUUUAACAACCAUUAGCAUUUACUUUUGAUGAGUUAUCAAAAGUCUUGUAUGUUAUUGAUAAGGAAUCCAAUAUUAUCAAAUAUGAAUACAAUAAUAAAUAACUUAAUGUAUUUAAUAAAAUUAUUAUUAGAUUUAAACUACUUACUUACAAAUUAGAAUCAUAAAUUCAGAAUAAUUCGUAAAUUUUGUCUUUCCAAUAUUUAAUGGAGAAUGA